AUGGCGCCCUCCUCCAAAUCAUCACUCUCGUCUGAUAGCUCACGGCGCUACAACCCUACGAUCUCUUCAGAAUCCAGUGGCAUUAGCACCCCUGUCAUGAAGGGUCCCCGCAGUAUCUCGCCUUUCAAGGCCCUUAUCGUCGGCGCAGGUGUGGGUGGCCUGAUGAUGGGUCUGUGUCUCGAACGAGCAGGAAUUGAGUACGUGAUCCUGGAAAGAAUGCCCCAACUUCAGUUACCAAGGACCACGAUCCAGCUAUCUGCAAACACCUUGAGGUGUAUAGAGCAAUUGGGCCUGCUGGAUGAGGUCAUGGCGAUUGCAAAGCCCGUUUCGAUGGUCAGGCUAAGGAAACAUAACAUGGCUGUCGUCGGCAAAAUUGACGCGACUUAUGUCAAAGAAAGGUACGAUUCGACCCGACUCCAACUCAAUGCCAGAUAUGGUCACUAUUCAUCCAUUGUCCAGCGGACAGAGUUCCUGCAGAUCUUGAUCUCGCGGAUACCUGCACAAAAGAUUCAAUGGGGCCGAUACGUGCUCGAUAUCGUGAACGGCAACGCCGGCGUGCAAUGCCGCUGUGCCAAUGGAACGAUAGAACAGGGCGAUAUCCUCGUCGGUGCUGAUGGCGCCUACUCAGCCGUCCGUCAGAAUCUGUACAAACACAUGCAGGAAAAGAACCUGUUGCCAAAGUCAGAUAUGAAACCACUCAAGCACACGCUCAACGCCAUAAUCGGACUCACCAACCCACUAGAUCUGGAAAAGUACCCUUCUGUGGGAGCGCGGUUUAGCGAGGUCGAUAUUGUGGUCGGCAAGGAAUCGCCCUACACGCUAUGGCUCUCGCCGACCUCGGGCAAUAGAGUCGCAUGGUCCGUAGGUGGAGAUUUGUUGACACCUGAGGGUAGCACGAAUGCUAAUUUCAAGCAAUCAGAGUUUGGACCGGAGGCAAUCGAUGCUGCGUGUGCACUGGUCGAGGAUCUGGAAACGCCCUGGGGUGGCACACUCGCGGACUUGAUAGGACAUACGCGGCGGGAUUUCAUCACCAAGGUCAUGGUGGAAGAAAAACACUACAAGACAUGGCACUAUGGGCGCACGGUACUCAUCGGUGAAGCAUGUCAUAAGUUUGUGCCCUAUUCAGGCCAGGGCGCAGAGCAGGCAAUUCUGGAUGUGAUUUGUCUCGUGAACCUGCUCUACCGCAUUUGUGACAAUCCGAGUCAUCAUGAAUUUUGCAAGGUCUUUGAGGCGUACUAUGUACAGCGCGGCCCGAUUGCCAGGAAUGCAGUCAGUGUGUCGAGCUCGAUGUCGCAUUUGAUGAACGCACAGGGUCUGUCAGCGGAUUUGAAGCGCAAGAUCCUGUUCAAUCUGCCAGAAUGGAUCAAACUUGGAUCGGUGGAUAAGAUCCAGGUGCGCCCAUUGUUGGAUUACUUGCCUCCUACCGAGGACCGCGGGGCCAAAAAAUCAGUCAAAGUCCCUACUUCCCCUAUUUGA